UCUCGCAACAAACGCGCGCAGUCCCGCACCCAUGGAUCUCCUCCGACUCGUCGCCGUCUCCGUGCUCCUGGCGCUGCCGACGCGUGGCCGCUGUGGCGGCGGCGGCAUGCACCCGAUCGUGCUCGUGCCGGGGUACGGCUCCAACCGGCUCGACGCGCGGCUCACCGCCGCGUACGAGCCGGCGGCGCCUCGCUGCGGCGCGCGGGAGGGGGAGGAGGAGUGGUUCGAGCUGUGGCCGAACCACGCGGCGGCGAGCGACCCCGGCCAGGCCCCCUGCCUCGCGGAGCAGAUGAGCCUCGUCUUCGACCCCGUCGCCGACGACUACCGCAACGCCGCCGGCGUCGUGACCCGCGUCCCCUCCUUCGGCUCCACGCGCGGCUUGAUUGGGUGGGACCCACUGGUGCGUCAGCUGGAGGCGGCGGGCUACCGCGACAGCGAGAGCCUCUUCGGCGCGCCCUACGACUUCCGCUACGCGGUGGCGCCGCCCGGCCACCCGUCAGCCGAGGGCGCGCGCUACUUCGCUCGCCUCACGCGUCUCAUCGAGCGGGCGAGCCGCCUCAACGACGGGCGGCCUGCCGUCGUGGUGGCGCACAGCUUCGGCUGCGCGCUCACGUACCAGUUCCUCCUCGCCCGCCCGCUCGCCUGGCGCCGGCGCUUCGUCAAGCGCACCGUCUUCCUCGCCGCCGCGCUCGGCGGCUUCGCGGAGGGGAUGAACGGGCUCGCCUCCGGCGCGGACUCCGGCCUCCCGAACCUCGCGCGGCCGGCGAGGACCAGGCUGGCACGGAGCCAGCAGAGCGCGCUCUGGCGCCUGCCCACGCCGAUGGUGUUCGGUGACCGGCCGGUGGUGGUGACCAAGAACUCAACCUAUUCAGCGAACAACAUCGUCGAGUUCCUCGACGCCAUCGGCUUCUCGGAAGGAGUCCAGCCAUACGUGACACGAGUGCUCCCGAUGUGGCAGGUGCUCCCGGCGCCCAUGGUGCCGGUGACAAGCAUAUACGGAGUCGGUGUCAGGACGCCGGAGACGUUCGUGUACGGGGAAGAUGGGUUCGAGGGGACACCGGAGGUGGUGUACGGCGACGGCGACGGCGACAUGAACAUGGUGAGCCUAGUGGCUGCUGAGAAGGGAUGGUCUGGGGUGGAAGGCCAAAUCUUGAAGGUGGUCAGGUUGCCAGGUGUUCGUCACACUGGAUUCUUCAGUGAUGAUUCUUCUCUCACGAAAGUAGUUGCUCAAAUACAGGAGGCAGUUGUAAGCAUAGAGCUCCACCAGAAAAGAGAAGAUCGUCUCUCUGCAAAGUAGUUUUUCGAUUUAUGAUUCCUUUGCCACGGAUGAUGAUGCACCGAUGAAUCUUACUGAUCCGUGCAAAGGUAGGAUAUGUCCAGUUUGUUACUACCGUAUAUAAUGUCUUACCAACAUUAUCGUAAGACAAAGGUAGGACAUACUAGUAUUUAGUUGUUACCAAACUGUACAAAGUUCCAUCGAAGGUUACAAGUUAUGGUCUGGUUCAAAAUAGAGGGAGUGCCUAUAUAUAAGAUCUUUUUUCUUAAAAUCAUACGAAUACAGCUAUAAUAUAAUUACAAUUUAAUUAGUAGUAUAUGAGUAACAUGUAAAUCUCAUGUAAAUAGAAAAUGCAUAUAGCAUAGUAGCAGUACUACUCCAUCUGUUUCACAUUAUAAAAUUUCUGGCUAUGUAUAGAUUCAAUUA